UUUGAUAGAACAGAUCACAACAAAUCCAACCAAUCUCACAAUCAUCACUUCAACUCAGUUUCAAGAAAAGUGACCCGAAAAUUAUUUCCCACAAAAAAGAAAAGGAAAGAGGAUAAAAAGCCAUCAAAGGCAGCAAAAGUUAAAAGGAAAAACAAGAAAAAAGACACGAAGGAGGAAGACGCUUUCCACACGGAGGACGUUGGGCGGCUUCCACCGUCAGAGCAGUUAAUAAACAGUAUUUAUAGUGGAGAUAUUUGUCGUUUCAUGGUGAACGAAAAGCCAGAGGACCCCAAUCCAGACCUGAAACCGGAUCCAAAUCAGGGCCCGGAACCUUCAUCUGCAGCUGUGCCUUUGGAGACUAAAAGAGGGAACAGAAAAAGGAUGGCCGUAGCUCCGGCCUCGGUAGCUACCAACCCUUCUUGGUUUACUCCGAAAAGGUUGCUUAUUAUCUUUUGUUUAAUCAACUUAAUAAAUUACAUAGAUCGAGGUGCUAUAGCAAGUAAUGGUGUAAAUGGUAGCCGCAAAACUUGCUCAAAAGAUGGUACAUGCUCAUCUGGUAGUGGAAUUCAGGGCGAUUUUAACAUGAAUAAUUUUGAGGAUGGAGUCUUAUCAUCUGCCUUCAUGGUUGGACUCCUUGUGGCAUCUCCAAUAUUUGCAUCUUCAGCCAAGAGUUUUAAUCCUUUUCGGCUUAUUGGAAUUGGUUUGACCGUGUGGACUCUUGCAGUUGCUUUCUGUGGAUUUUCAUUUAAUUUUUGGUCUAUCGCAGUCUGUCGAAUGCUGGUGGGUGUGGGUGAGGCUUCCUUUAUAAGUCUUGCCGCUCCAUUCAUUGAUGACAAUGCCCCAGUCACCCAGAGGACAGCAUGGCUGGGAACAUUUUACAUGUGUAUACCAACUGGUGUGGCUGUGGGGUAUGUUUAUGGUGGAGUGAUUAGUCGCUUUGGUUGGCGUUGGGCGUUCUGGGUAGAGGCAAUUUUGAUGCUCCCUUUUGCUAUUUUAGGCUUUGUGAUGAAACCAUUGCAGUUGAAAGGUCAAUACGACAAUGGGUCAGAAGAUCAAGGUGCCCAACCUUCCGGAAGGGUAGAGGUUGCAGAUGAAAGCUCAAAACCUUUGGGGUUGACAGCUUUGACAGUAUUUGGGAAAGAUAUGAAAGUUCUUUUGCUUGAGAAGGUUUACGUGGUCAAUGUUCUUGGUUACAUUGCAUAUAAUUUUGUCAUAGGUGCCUACUCCUAUUGGGGACCUAAGGCAGGGUAUAAUAUAUACCACAUGAGCAAUGCUGACUAUAUGUUUGGAGGAGUUACCGCAGUCUGUGGCAUAUUGGGCUCACUAGCAGGUGGUUUGGUUCUCGAUCGUAUGACUUCCACGAUACCCAAUGCUUUCAAGCUUCUAUCAUUCGCAACAUUUGUUGGAGGAGUAUUUUGCUUUGCUGCCUUUUGCUUCAAAAGCCUAUAUGCUUUUCUAGCUUUUUUCGCUAUAGGAGAGCUGCUGGUAUUUGCUACUCAGGCCCCUGUAAACUUUGUCUGUCUGCAUUGUGUCAAUCCCAGUCUCCGGCCAUUAUCUAUGGCAAUAUCCACCGUAUCGAUCCACAUAUUCGGUGACGUGCCGUCCUCUCCCCUUGUUGGGCUUCUCCAGGAUCACAUCAAUAAUUGGAGGGUCACUGCUCUCAUUCUAACGUCUAUUCUAUUUGUUUCUGCCGGAUUAUGGUUUAUAGGAGUUUUCCUUAAUAGUGUGGAUAGGUACAAUGAAGACAACGAGCAUCCAACUACUGGAGUCGACAAGUCAAAUUCGACUCCAUUGCUUGCAGAGAAGACUGCGUAGUUUCCUCACCAGCCAUAGAGAAAACCUUCAAUGACUGAUGAGACGAGUCCAAUUUUUGCGGGGUUUUACACGCAUUUAAUGUACAUUCUUGAUUUCGAUUUUCUUUAGAGGGUGUAAAUAUGCUUUGUUCUUUCUUCAGAACUGUCAAAAUUCAUCGGAAUUGUUUGGCGUUCUAAGAGAGAAUUGAUCCUCAGUUAGAUAUAUUUUUGUUGUCCCUCGCUUUCA